AUGUCAAGCGAGUCCACCUCCUCAGGCCCAACCGGCGCCCUGGCAUGGUUCCCCUUCGGCCAGAAUGACUCUCCCGGCUGGCGGCUGGAUGUGGUGACGCUGCUCGCCGUCAUCGGCGAGAACAGCAUGGCAGAGCACUCGCAGGCCAUCACGGCGUCCUUCCUGUGUAUGCUCCCCCGUAUCCUACCUGCGCCGCAGGCCCUGCUCAAGCCCUCGCGCCCCGGCCGCAUGCCCGAGGUCACGGCCAAGAUGUGCGGUGUCUACAGCGGCUUCGUGCUCGACUCGGUUGGCUUCUUCGCCAACAUCAUCCAUCCCCUUGACGAGCUGCCCGCCCUAUCCUUCAAGGUCCUCGAGAUCAAGCACCGCGACCGGGACGAGGCCGGCGGCAUCAUUGCACAACGCGGAAGCGCCAACGGGGCACUUAGGGCCAGGACGGGGUCAGGUAUUGGGAGGCUGUUUGGGCGGAGGCAGAACACAAAUUUGAGUGGCCGGAGGCCCAGCAUACCCCGGGCGCCGUCCAAUGAUUCGGGCUCGAAUAACCAAGAGAAGAACAACCGACCGGGCACGAUGACGACAGGACACAGCACGGCUUAUGGCAAUGAUGUCGAGCAGGGCGGCGAGGAGCCGAUACCGGGAGUCACGCGGCGGCGGACCGUUCAGGAGAGAGUGACAGACUACCUGUCGAACCCUACGCUCGCUAAUACCGCAAAGCGUCCGGCUGUGCCUGCUACGCUACUAAGUCCAGUUCACAUAUUGUCAAUAUUCUCUUGUUUAUUAUCGUUGGCGAUGUUCGUCACUGGCAUUUAUUUCAAGGACGCCGCAGCCAUGUUGGCUAUCGGAGCCAUCUCCAUCAUGUCCAGUAUCGUGGGCUAUGCGUCGUGGUGGAGCCCCAUCCUCAUGAACCGGACGCACACGAACAGGGUGCCCCGGAGCGACGUCAUGGUCCGCACGCGCGAGGGCGCCUUCAUCCUCAUCCACUGCACCGAGGACGUGGCGCGGGAGCUGUACUUUGGCACCGAGGAGUGCAAGUACCGCGUCGGCGAGCGCAUGUACCGGCUGCUGAUGGGCGUGGCGACGAUCCUGCUCAUGGUGUCGGUCGUGCUGCUCGGCAACUGCACCUUCUGGAUGCAGGUGUUCAUCGGCGUGUCGUACAUGCUGCUCAACGGCCUCUACUGGGGCAUGGGCAUGCUGCCUCGCCGCUUGUUCUGGGACCUGAGCCGCUACGAGUGGCGCGACGUCACGCCCGAGGACGCAAAGGGCGCCGAGGGCAUCACCGACGAGAACGACCAGCGCGAGGGCAUGAAGAGCUUCACGCGCACCCUGUGGUACGCCAUCCGUGAGACCAAGCGCACCGGCUGGGUCGAGCGCAGCGGAGCCGCCCCGGGCACUAAGCAGUGGCGCCGCUGGCUGGCCGAGGCAGAGGAGAACGCCCUCUCGGGCAACCGCACGUGGCCCUCGGUCGGCCGCAAGGAUGAGAUCAUGAAGGAAGGCCUCGAGGAGCCGCCCGUGCCCGGCGAGCCACGGACAGACUCGGCCGAGCAGCGCGCGCCCCUGAACGAGGUCCAGCCGCCGGCCAACUCGAAUCAGCGCCAGGGCGGCACUUUAUAG